AUGAGAGGAUCCUUGCGGCCCAACGAAAGCUCGCAGAGGCACAAAAAUAGACUUACGACUCUCAGUAAGACUGCAGCAGGGGGCCUUAUUGCGUAUCUUCAGGCCGAGUUCGGGGAUUACCGUGGUUACCCAAGACAACCGGGGUUAGUCUCAGCCCCCCACCGUUUCAAUUCAUUCAUGACCACAGCAGCCAUCAAAGAUCUUCUCGCCGCCGCCGAGAGAGCUCCUGAGAAAGUGACAGAGCAUACUAUCCAUGUCGCCGAGGACGUUGCAAACGAGACUAGAAGCAUCGAGGACUGGGGAGGGGCUAGGACCGAGCUUGGGGUCCGCACGGCUGCCACGACCCUCAUCCCAAUGACCAGCCCUUGCACCUAG